CACGCCGGCAUGCGGAAGGGCAUUCUCAGUGUUGCAGUGGUUUCGUGCCGAGGCCGUCGGAGAACAACGGCGUGCGUUAACUUCGUGGGAUGGCACACGAGAAAGAGUUAACGUAGGUCGAAAAAUGGCGCAUGCGAGGUGGUCCGACUCGCACAAAUAGCCAACGGGGCGUUUUCCUUGUGGUUGAAUAUACAGACCUAGUCGUACGCAGAGGCUUCAGUAUCACCCCGGUAGCGCGCGGAUCACGCAAUUUCGGUUUUCCAAAAAGAUCGUCAGGCUGCGGGCAACCACCAAGUGACUUUCGCCAUGCGCGUUAUGUGUUAUGUGCGCUGGAGCUGUCAGUCAUCGAUAUGGGCAAGGUCAUACAUACCCUUGGGCGGAGUUCCUUCUUGGAAGACCUGUACGUAACGUGUAGGAUCGUGCUGAGAAUGGUGGGCGUCCCCGCACGCACGAAAUCGUGUCGGUGGCUCCUACCAGCAUUCUGGCAGCGUGGUAGAUGGCGAGAAGUAUAUCUUUCCCAUGAGGGAUUCCCCAGCAUUUGGAGUCGUCUCCGUGAUGAGAUUUGGGAACUUCGACAGCUCGGAAAAUCACAGAGUCCGAGUUCUCAUGGGUUGGAGCCCAUGGUUGUAACUCGUAAAGGUGUCCGUAGUACUGGUCCGUGUGCGUACGACGAUGGGGUCCCGUGGCCAAGUUCAAGUUGCUGCAAGCGGAAUGAAAUAGCCGUGGCAACCUGGAGCGGCGAUAUGUCAUGAUACACAAGACGGCUGAGGUACCCCACGAUAUCGUUGUUCAAUUUCAUCAUGGGCGGAACCUUUUUCAUGUCCAAGCUCGGCUGGGUAUAUGCAAGUUGCAGGCCGUCUCAUCC